UAGGGGGGAGCACAGUGUCCCACUGAGAGUCCCCAGGUACGGCCACAGAGCAAGGAGCACCAUGGCCACAAGACGUGUGCCACUGGCUUUAGCCUGGGCAGCCUGGCUGCUUGUUUUGCCACUCAGCUUCUCUAGACCAAUUGUGGAGGAAUCUAAUAGUGGGGAAUACAGAGGUACCCCUUCUCCAGAGGUCAAUGUCCCCCCAAAUAUGGACCCUCGUGGUGUAAAACCAGAAGGACCACUUCAGAUAGACACAGAACAAUUUAAAUUGGCAGCGGAUUAUCUGAUAGAGUUUGGGUACCUUCCGGACGAGAACUUUACAGAAUAUUCUGUGCCCAACACUCAAUUUUUCUCUGAAGAUGAGCUGCCCGAAGAGUUUAUCAGCGGCUUGGAGUGGUUCCAGAGACAGAAUGGCUUGAAAGUGACUGGUAAAUUAGACACAGACACGGCUGAAGCAAUGAGGCUUCCCCGCUGUGGGAAACAUGAGCAACGCAUGUCAUACAAUCUGGGCUCUAAGUGGAAGAAAGAUAUGCUGACCUACAAGAUCCUUAAUACGACAGCCCAGCUGCCUGAAAAGAUGGUCAAGGAUGAGUUAAGCAAAGCCUUGAAGGUCUGGCAAGAUGUAUCUUCUCUGAAGUUUGUAGAAGUUGGGAUCAAUGAAACAGCAGACAUUGAUAUGUUCUUUGUGUCUGGCCUGCAUAAUGAUGGCAUUAAAAAUGCUUUUGAUGGUCCUGGUCGUGUUCUGGGUCACGCGUUCAUGCCUCCGUUCAGUAAAAAUAAAAAGGACAUCGAUGGAGACCUUCAUCUGGAUAAUGAUGAGAAAUGGACAAUUAAUGAGAAGAAAGGGGUCAACCUUUUGCAGGCCGCCGCACAUGAACUUGGGCAUGCCCUGGGACUAGACCAUUCCACUGUAACAGGAGCUCUCAUGGCCCCAACGUACAAAGGCUACAACCCAAAAUUCCAGCUUCACGAGGAUGACAUUCAGGCCAUCCAGGCUCUUUAUGGCAAACCAAAGCUUAAUCAGACCACAGCUAGUAAUGCCACCGUAAUCAAGACUGGAGAUGUGAAGACAGAUACAACAUCCAACACAAAACCCAAAGCAGAAGACAAGGAUCCCAAAAAGCAAUCGGUGGUGAAGAUGUGUGGGCAAGAACCAAUUGAUACAUUUGUAUCCACCAAGAAUGGAUCUAUCUUUUUAUUUAAAGGUGAAUACUUCUGGGAGAUGAGCCACGGGAAGCUGCCAUUAACAACCAAGAAGAAAUACCCCCAGCUUAUUUCAACAAAGUGGAAAUCUUUGCCUUCUUCCAUUGAUGCAGCAAUAAGAAUGCAGAACCCAUCUGCAGAUCAAGAUGGAAAGAUCUUCUUUUUUAAGGGAAGUAAUUACUGGAAGUUUGACAAUGGUCAAAUGGAACCCGGAUACCCAAAGUUAAUCAGCGAAGGGUUCCCAGGUGUCCCAGACCAUCUGGAUGCGGCAUUUACACAACCUGCUAUUGUAGCAAAAGGAGGGAAAGUUAUAAGAGAAGAGAGAAUUUUCUUCAUAAAAGGAAAAAACUUUACUGUGUACAACCCUGCCACUGGGAAUAGUACCAGCCCUCAGUCUCUGCAGGAUGAUUGGGUGGGAGUCAAGCUGCCAAUCACUGCAGCGCUCAGUCUGAAGAAUGAGAUGUUCCUCAUCAGCAAAAAGAAGUUCCAGAAGGUUCUCAUGCUGACUUACACUCAGGAUCACGUGUACGGCAACAUACACCAGCCCAAGAAUCUAAAUCAGCUGCUUCAGUGCGACUGAACUAUAACACUGAGCUCUGUCUGCACAGAUAUAUGUAAAUAAUUCUACCUUACUGAGUCAUGCACACUCUUACAAUAUUCUUUUAUUACUAUAUGUGAGAUCGAUUUAUCUCCUUAAUCAUGACAUCAUAUGUAAUAUCUCAUGAAUCGCUGAAUACAUAAUGAUUGUAUGAUUAACCAUUUUAUGUUGGGAGGGAACAAAAAAUCUAACCACCCCACCCUCUUUUGGUUUAGGUGUGAGCCCCCUUUCCACAACCUGCUGCACAGGUUGCCAGAAAAAUAGUAACAUUUUUCUAUAUGUUUCAUAUUUUUAUCUUUAUUUCCUAUUAAUAAUAUUGGCAUGAAGCAUCAUUUUUAAUGGCCAGAAAGCAACCCCCAGCUGCAAAGCUCCCAGUGUGUAAAACCCCACAGGUCCCCCCCAUACCUGGUCUGCAAAUGCAGAGUUGUGUAGCAAGGCUGUCAGCUGCCAUGUCACAUCCAGUGUCUCUGUCCCAUUGCAGAGCAGUCACAUAUGCACUGAAAGCCAAUUUGGUUGGUUAAAUCUGGGGUCUGGUUUCCAGCCAAAUAUGGCACCCAACAAACCUGCCACACAGGCACAAUGCCAUCCUAAAGCCGCUGAAUAUUACCCGGGCAUAAAACUGGGUAGCUGCUAAAAAAGGGGGGGUUGACAGCCCUGAUAUUUACAGGCUGAAUGGAUGCUAUGUGAUUGGGUAGGGGAAGGGGCAUUCUAAGGUAUCUUACUCUUAAAAAUGUUCUUAGGGUUAAAAUAAAGAUAUGGUAUGUUUCAAAUGAAAAAAAGUCUUUUUGAUCUUUGCUGCUCAUGUGAUUAAAGACUUGGACAGCAAAUUGUAUCUUGGUUGUUGUAUAAGCGGAUAUUGGAAUGAUAUAGGGAUUGUCGGCUGAGAAUCCACAACUCCUAUUAUCCUAAUUCAUUCUUACUAGUUAUCGUGUAUAGGCUGGGGCAGUGCCAGGCAGACAUUGUGACAAUUGGCAGCAAUACAGAGAUCUUGAUUUCCAUGCUUAUUAUUCUGAA